GUAAAUUUGGAAAAUGGAAUUCAACUGUAGGGAGAAGGAAACACACAAAGUUAUUAGAUUACUUUAAGCUUCGCUUUCUAUUUCAGUGCUGAAGAAUAAUCACCGUAGACUAAAUACAGAUCAAAAGUUGCUGUGGAUGGAGGGGUCUGGCAGUCCUCGCUUCAGAAAGCUCCAUUUCCCAGUGGGUCUGUGGAUCAACUCUCCCAGAAAACAUUUUGCAAAACUUGGGGGUCGCUGGCCGAGUGCUAUCUCUGUCAAGUCGACCACCAGCUCUGACGCAGCCUCCCUCCACGAGGCCCCCUCUGCUCCUUCCUCUUCCCUUUCAAACUCCACCCCCUCGCUGGCUUCCCCUACCCCAUCCCCAUCUCCUUCCCCAGCCUUCCUCAGGCCACGGCCUGCUGGGCCCCAGUCCCGCACAAAGCGUCUUUCCCAUCUUUUCCUGCGGGGGCGCUCUAAUAGUGACCGGGACAGGGCGGUGGGGGAAAGGGAGAGAGAAGUUUGGGCCCACUCAGCUGCCCCUUCAUCCCACCACUACUUGCCCCCUGCUUCUUCCACUGCUCCAGGCCUGAUCAAGAUCUAUGGGGAUGCACUCUCCAGUGGAGCCAACUAUCGCUCCCUGUUGGCCAACAUUCACUCCACAGCCAGGCAGCUCAUCGCUCAGGUCAUCACUCGCUACACUGAAAGAGAGAGGGAGGAGACAGAUGACGCAGUUCUCCAGAAACACAGCCCCGAGGACUUCCUGUUGUGUGAUGUCAUUGGAAAGCCCAUCCAGCAGCCAGAUGGAGCUAUCAAGUGGGAGACAGAGUGCCGGAGAAGUGUGGCCCCAUGGGAAUGUCCCCUGUUGUUAGUGGACAUGUGGCGGCCUAAGGACGGAUUCGAGCGGCGCUUUGAAAUCCAAAGAAAGGAAGACUAUGAGAGAGAAGAGAGGGAGCGUGAAAAAGAACGAGAGAGGGAGGGAGAUAACUAUCAAGGUGUGCGCUGGCGGAGGAGCAGAAUGGCAUCAGGAGGUGGACCAGAGGAGAGUGAGCGUGGCCACCGUGGAAGGAACACAGAGCUCAGGAGAAGCAUCAGUGACAUGAACUUGAGUCUACGUCGUCGUCAAGGCAACCACGUCAGCAAUGAGCCACGUGGCUCUGCCAAUAGGGCUAACAACGGUGGAGGGGUGCAGGACAGGAAGACCAUUGUGAGCAUGAUCAGUCCACAGCCAGGAGAGGUUAGAGCAUCAAAAGCUGAAGCCAAGGUGGGAUGGACAAACCAGCCCACAGAAGAUGAGAAGGAUUACUCCAGCUGUGACCUGGAAGUGAUGUCACAGAGUUUAAUCCUUCCACCCACAGACCGGCCCUACUUCCUGUUGCUUCAGGGUUAUGAUCAGAGCAAGGAUUUUGUUUUGUACAUCAUGGCGGGACAUACGCAUGUGUUUGGGAGAAAACCAACAAUGAAGGAGAGAGAGAAGGACAGAGAGAGAGAGAGGAAGGGGAGGAGGCCUCUGAAGGUGGACACAUUUCUUUCUGCUCCUGACCUCUUGGCCAGACACUUAUUGGUCAGGAGAGACUCAGCUGUUCCCGAUACGCCCAGUGGACGAGCUCUGAUGCGGCCCUUUAGAGGAGGUGCAGUCACACACAACGGGGUGUGUGUUUACAGGGAGACAGUGUUAAAGCCUGGGGAUGUGAUCGGUCUUGGAAACCACUUCCUGUUCCUGUACCGUGACCCCCGUGUGUCUCCGGCUCCACCGCUGGCAUUGACAUUGCCAUGGCAGGCGGAUGCAUCCACCACCUGCUGCCCAUCAGGGCUGGUGGACAGACAGGAAGCACUUAGGCAGUACUUGGGAUCUACUGAGGCAAUUUUGAAGUUCCACCCUCGGCAUGCAGAUGCUCUGUUACAGGAGAUCAUUUCCAAAAAUUCCUCUCCAGACUCUGGGGGUGGGCCUUUAGCUCCUGCUUAUCUGCUGUCAAUCAUGAUAGAUCAUGCCUCCAAACACCUCGACCCUGCUCUCACACCUCAGAUACUACUCAAGGCAGCCAAUCUAAUUAAAGAAAUUGUCUGGGAUAACAUUAAGGAAUUUGGGGAUAAGCAUCCCACGCAAAAUUCCACAGAGCAAGAGGGUGAGAUUAGCACACCCAGUGUUCAGACACUCUCAUCUGACCUUCGACCUCUGAUGUUCUGGAUGUCAAAUGCCACAGAGCUCCUUAACUUCUUCCAGGUCAAGGUUGAAGUCAUGGAGAAAGAGUGGGAGUUUGAAGCCCCUGGGGACCCAGUUCUGACGGCUGACAUGGACACCUGCUCCGAGGCCUUGGCACAGCUGGAUGAUGUCAUUAUGCACACUUUUCAACAGUGUGUGUAUCACCUCACUAAGACCCUCUACUCCCUCCUUCCGGCUCUUCUGGAUACAAACCCAUUCUCCAGCGAUGAGAAGGAAAAAGAAAAGGAUGGAUCAAGGGGUGCCGAGGGUGAUGAAAAAAGAGGAGAGGAAGGAGAGGUGGAUGACGUGUCUGCCUUACCACCCAAAGUUGCUGGACUGGUAGAAGUGUAUCGCUGUUCUCUGAUGCUGUCACGGGAGGCGUGUCUGUCUCCACCACUCACGUCUCAAACCUUUGGCUACCUCUUCUUCUUCACAAACACCUCCUUGCUUAACACUCUCCUUGAAAGAGAUGGACUGUUUUCUUGGUCCAGAGCAGUGCAGAUCAGAACAAACUUGGACCUGGUUUUGGACUGGCUCCAGGGAGCAGGAUUAGGUGAUAUUGCCUCUGAGUUUAUGAAGAAGCUGUCAGUCACAGUCAACUUCCUGUGCAUUCCCAAGACCAGACUUAUCCAGUCAUCCUGGACCAGUCUGCAGGAGGACCAUGCCUUGUUAAGCCCGGCCCAGCUGCAUCACCUGCUCACCCAUUACAAACUGGGGCCGACCAGGGCACCUCCAGCAGCCUGGGCCCCUCUGCCAGGCACAGAGCUGAGCGGAGACAUCUUUGAGAGCUUCCUGGACCACCCUCCUCUUAUCCUCCCAAAUGAGACUCCACGCCUUGAUCUCUCCCAGCCAAUCCCAAGCCCAGAGCUCCAAAAGGAAGUGACACGUCUCCGUACCUUCUUGUGGGGACUUGACCAGGAUGAGCUCCCUGCCAAUCAGAGAACUCGGCUUUGAGAAAGCCCAUAUUUGUCUAUAUAUGAAUGGAGGAAAAGUGAUAUCAACAGCAAUGACUCUGUUUGUGAAUUGAAUUGUUUGUUAAAAAAAAGACAGAAUUCAGUUGAAAUGAGGCGAUAA